AUGACCAGCAGCAGACAAUGGAGGCUGAAACCUUCCCAGAUCAUCUUCGAGCGGCACUUUGGAGUCCACGGCAACUGCUAUGUUGUCAAGGCAAGGCUGGCGAAGCAAGAGUUCCCUGCAAUCUUUGUUGGCGCGGCUCAGCUAAAUCAUGUCGUGCGCUUUUCUGACCUGAGCGCCUUGAAGGUCGCACUGAUCCAGAUAGUGACAGUGCUCGUGCAAGCCUUCGGGAAGGCACCACUUCUGGGAGGAACCGUCACAUUUGCAAUGUAUCAGAACAUCCCAGCAGCCUCGGUGCUGAAACGAUGCUUCUGGAUCUUCUAUGUGCUGCUGACCUUCAACAGCCUGUACCCGAGUAUCCUCUUUGUGCGGCCAGAUUCCCGCUGGUGUCGCUAUGGUGCUGCCGUCAUGGAUGUGGUGAUGGAUCUGGGGUACAUGCUCACCUACUUGCUCGCCGUGGUGAACGCCAUGUCCGAGCUGACGCUGGAGACGGCCGUGCGUGGCAACUUCGGGGAUGCGGAGGAGCUGGACCUCAGCAACAGCAUCAGCCCAACCUUCGCCUUCCCCUCUGACAUCCUGCAGUUCCUGGCAGUGUACAUCAGCCUUGCGCACACCUGUUGCGCCUGCCGCUCUGUCGAACGUGCCAGGGAUCUGGGCAGUCUGGGCGGUGUGGGCGAAAGAUUUGUGGAGCCAAAGCAAUCGAAGCGACCAAUCGUUGACAGCACGGUCUUUCCUGCCCGUCAUGGCCGGCUGGUGCUGCGAUGCCUCAAGGCGCUGUACUCUCCCAUCCUGCUUCUGGUGCUUUUCCUGCUUCUUCGCUCUCCGGACAUGUACCCUGGCCACUCCGGCGACUUCAGCUGCUUCCCGUGCCGCUGCUCUGGGUCAAGGUGGGGGAGGCGCCUGGAAAGCUGCCGAUUAGCAGCCGUACUCCGGCAGUCGGAGCUGGCCCUGACUGGUUUGCACAGCAUCGCCGAAGGAGCGUUCGACCCCCUGGGCUGCGGUGUGCGGCGCCUAUCCCUCUCCGGGGGGUGGUUCAGCUCGCUGCCGGCGAAACGAUUCCGGCGCCUGAGCUGCCUUGAUUCCCUGGGCCUGCACAGAGGACGGCUCCGGCACCUGGCGGAUGAGGCCUUCGAUGGCCUGGCGAAGCUGCGCCUCCUGUCGCUCAGCCAAAACGAUCUGAGCGAGCUCCCCACCCAGGUUCUCAAACCGCUGCUCAGCCUGGAGCAGCUCCUUCUGGGUGGCAAGCGCAACAAAGAUGGCAAUGCAAUCGUGAUGGGGAACAGGCUGGUGAGUUUGCCGAACUUCUCGCAGAACCUCUGGCUGGAAGUGUUGGAUGUCAGCGAGAACCAGCUGACAACCUUGGAGGACGCCAACUUCGCGCAGCUCCACAGACUCCGGAUCCUGGACCUCGGCCACAACAAAUUCCUCAACGUUCCCGACCACGCCUUUGCAGGCUUGACCUCCCUCCAGACGCUGUGUUUGAGCGACAACAAACUGCCGAAGCUCCCGGAAACGGUCUUUCAGGGCUUGACCUCCCUUCAGACGCUGGAUUUGGGCUGGAACAAGCUGGAGCUCCCGGAGGCGGUCUUCCAGGGCUUGAGCUCCCUUAAGACGCUGGAUUUGAGCGUGAACAAGCUAGAAAAGCUCCCGGAGAAGGUCUUCCAGCCCUUGACCUCCCUGCAGACGCUGAAGUUGCGGACGCACGCGCUAAGAAAGAACCCGUGGGUCUUCCAGCCCUUUUAUUCCCUGCAGACGCUGAAGUUGGGAACAAAGCCCCCGGAAGCGCUCUUCCAGGGCUUGACCUCCCUGGAGACGCUGGAUUUGAGCAGCAGCAAGCUGACAGAGCUCCCGGAGACGGUCUUCCAGGGCUUGACCUCCCUUCAGACGCUGGAUUUGGGCUUGAACAAGCUGGCAGAGCUCCCGGAGGCGGUCUUCCAGGGCUUGAGCUCCCUUAAGACGCUGGAUUUGAGCAUGAACAAGCUGGCAGAGCUCCCAGAGACGGUCUUCCAGGGCUUGAGCUCCCUGGAGACGCUGGAUUUGGGCUCCAACUGGGGCUCCAACAAACUGACGGAGCUCCCGGAAACGGUCUUCCAGGGCUUGAGCUCCCUUAAGACGCUGGAUUUGCAGGACUACAACAAUCUAGCAAAGCUCCCGGAGAAGGUCUUCCAGCCCUUGACCUCCCUGCAGACGCUGAAGUUGGGGAUAAACAAGCUAACAAAGCUCCCGGAGGCGGUCUUCCAGGGCUUGAGCUCCCUUAAGACGCUGGAUUUGAGCAUGAACAAGCUGGCAGAGCUCCCAGAGACGGUCUUCCAGGGCUUGAGCUCCCUGGAGACGCUGGAUUUUCGCGAGAACAAGCUGGCAGAGCUCCCGGAGACGGUCUUCCAGGGCUUGAGCUCCUUGCAGACGCUCGAUUUGGGCUUGAACAAGCUGGUGGAGCUCCCGGAAACGGUCUUCCAGGGCUUGAGCUCCCUUAAGACGCUGGAUUUGAGCAUGAACAAGCUGGCAGAGCUCCCAGAGACGGUCUUCCAGGGCUUGAGCUCCCUGGAGACGCUGGAUUUUCGCGAGAACAAGCUGGCAGAGCUCCCGGAGACGGUCUUCCAGGGCUUGAGCUCCUUGCAGACGCUCGAUUUGGGCUUGAACAAGCUGGUGGAGCUCCCGGAAACGGUCUUCCAGGGCUUGAGCUCCCUUAAGACGCUGGAUUUGAGCAUGAACAAGCUGGCAGAGCUCCCAGAGACGGUCUUCCAGGGCUUGAGCUCCCUGGAGACGCUGGAUUUUCGCGAGAACAAGCUGGCAGAGCUCCCGGAGACGGUCUUCCAGGGCUUGAGCUCCUUGCAGACGCUCGAUUUGGGCUUGAACAAGCUGGUGGAGCUCCCGGAAACGGUCUUCCAGGGCUUGAGCUCCCUUCAGACGCUGGUUUUGGGCUUGAACAAGCUGGCAGAGCUCCCGGAGGCGGUUUUUCAGGGCUUGAGCUCCCUUAAGACGCUGGAUUUGGGCUCCAACAAACUGACGGACCUCCCGGAAACGGUCUUCCAGACGAUGAAGUUGUCCGGCAACAAGCUGGCAGAGCAAGUGGUUCACUGUGUUGAGGCCACCUUGAGCUGUCAGAACUGCAGCUGCGAGGCUUCUUGA